AUGAGUGGACAUCUUCAUCGGUCGUUGCUGGCAGUGACAACACGCAAUUCACUCGCUCCGUUCCUUUAUCAAACUCGCACGCUCUCUGGUUCUUUCCCUCGUCCGCUACGAUGUCGUUCGCAAACAUACUCUACUUCGAGCCCCAAUACCCCCGACGACCCGUCCCAGACAGAAUCUUCCCAAAAUGACAGCAGCGCAGAUAAGCCAGCAGGCUCGCAGCCUCAGACCGAGCACGGUAACGAAUCCACGGAAAGACGCAGCUAUCUGCAUAAACGAGCGGCUACGGUCUCGAGAAAGACUCCCCACGUGAAACCAAACCCUCUUACCAUGACCCGCGGCGAGAAACAAGUGUUCAGCGACCUGCUGGAACAGCUGGGGGCUGUUCAGAACGACACACCGACAGCCGAAACGCAGAAGCCGGAGCUGAGCGAGGAGGACAAGAAUGAAAUGGCGCAGAUCUCGGAGAUUUUCGAGGCGGUGCUUAAAGACAUGAAGCAGAAGAAAAAGCGCAAAAGUGCGACGACAGAUUCCGCUGAGGGGCAAUCUGCAGAGACAGAUACCCCGGUUACACUUCAGAAUAUGGAGUUGCAGGAGAGACUCCGGAAGUCCGAGUACAGUAGUGAGGAUAUUUCGGAGCUGCUGGAGAGCAAUCAGAUAUCUAUGGAGGAGGCGAUUGAGCUGAUUGUGAAGAAAGAGGCGGGAAAGAUUGAGAGCGCCCUCCGGGCAGCCAUUGAUCAGGGCAAAGAAGAUACGGGGGUGUGGGACAUUUGCAAAGAAAGGAUAUUCUCCAUGCUGCAGCACCUCGGGGAUGUCCGUCUAGUACAGGGUCUUGAUAUGGGCCAGGAUAAGAACCAAGCGCCCCAUGCCCCUACGGAGCCCUCUCAUCUGGAGGUUCCCAAAUCGGUUCCGGUGGAGCCCGUCGUCACGGCUCUAUAUCCCAAGAUGCUGCUCGUGGCCUUCCGUCUUCUCAACUUGCACUUCCCCAAUUCCCCGCUUAUCAGCCAAUUCCGAGCCACGAUUAAGUCGCAUGGCCGUGCCUCUGCCGUUCUAGGUAGUUCAACAGGGCUUUACAAUGAGCUGAUCUACUUCUACUGGCGCGGCUGCCACGACAUCCCCGGAGUGGUUUCUCUCCUACGGGAGAUGGAGGUGAUUGGCAUCGAGCCCAACCAUCGCACGUGCGGGCUGUUAACUGGAAUCGUCAACCAGCGUGACCGGGACUUGAAACAGCAUUGGAAACGGAUGCGUAAUGAGAACCGCGGUCCGCGCCGUGAACCGUGGUGGGAUCUGGCACCGAAUCGGAAGGCCGUCCGCGAGCUGCUCGGGCCAGAGGGGUGGAUGCACCGGAUUGAGCGACGAGUACAGGAGAGAAGACCUUCUCAGUAG